CCCGGGAAACCGCAACCCUAAGUUCUACAUUGAAACCCGAACCCGCAGCAGAAGACUCCGCAGGCAUCCACUAUAUAAUAUCCCUCUCACCUCUCAACCUCAACCUCACCACCUCAAAAACACAUCCGUUAACUAAACCUCACACAAUGGCACCCCUAACCCUCCCUCCAGCAUUCGCCCAAAUCCCGCGCCACCCACUCCUCUACCCCCACCCAUCCCCAAUCCAUCCCCUCCCCGCCCUAACCAAACACCUCCUCCCAAACCCCCGACCCCAAACCCAAAUAACCCUGCACGCCAAACGCGAAGACCAAGCCUCCCCACUGGCCUGCUCCGGCAACAAGUACCGCAAACUCGAAUACCUCGUCCCAGACAUCCUCUCACCCACCCCGCAAUACGGGGGACUGGGCCCCAGCCCCGAGCGGGGGAGUGGCCCCUCACCACCACCACCGCCAUCAUCAAGCCCCACCACCACCACCACCCCCCCUCAAAAGCCAACGCUGAUAACAGAAGGCGCCCUCCAAAGCAACCACACCGUCCAAGUCGCCGCCCUAGCCACCCACCUCAAUCUCUCCGCCGUGCUCUGCCUCCACAAAACCACCGGCGGCGGAUGGCGCACCGCGGCGGACCCGCGCGCCUUCGCGCGCACCGGCAACGUCCAGAUCGCGAAGCUGCUCGGCGCAGAUGUCAGACUGCUCGACUCGGCGAAUGACAACAACCCCGACCCCAUCGCAACAAUCAUGCACACCCUCCGCACCCACCACGGCAAGAUCCCCUACUGGAUCCCCUCAGGAGCCAGUUUGCAUCCCCUCGGUGGAUUGGGGUACGCGCGCUGUGCGUUUGAGAUUGUCGCGCAGGAGGAGGCCCUCCAACAAUCCCAGGACGCCCCCGCCAUACAGCAAGCCCAAUCUCUGCCGACAUCACGGUACGACUAUAUCUUCGUCGCCUGCGGGAGCGGAAGUACCCUGGGCGGAUUGAUCGCGGGGUUCAAGUUACUCGAGAAGAUGGAGGAACAACAUUCACAAACAACCGCAGCAGCAGCAGCAGCACGGCAGCAGCAACAGCACCGCCCACCCCGCAAAAUCAUCGGCGUGCUCACGUCGCCCACCAGCCCCAAGGCCUACCACGAGGAGCGCGUGCUGCGGCUCGCACGGCAGGCGGCCGGGUUGAUCGGGCUGGAUGAUCCGCAACGCGAGAUCACGACGGCGGAUGUGACGGUCGAGGAGCGGUUCGUGGGUGCCGGAUACGGGGUGCUGGAUGCGGAGACCAAGCAGGCCAUGAAUGUGAUGGCGCGCACGGAGGCCGUCGUCCUCGACCCCGUGUAUACGGCCAAGGUGGCGCGGGCGAUGAUGCAUUGGGUGGGGUCGGGCGAGUUGGAGGAGGAUUGGCGGCGGAGGAGGAGGGGGAGGGGGAAGUCUGAAACUGGGCCUGGGAAGCUCGCGGAGGAGCCCGGCGACGCGGUGAAUGUGCUGUUUAUACAUACCGGGGGCCAGUCGGCGUUGAGUGCGUAUGCUGAUGUU